GAGGUUUGCAGACUCUUUGCGAAACUCCGUGACACGACCAAACCCGCUUCGUCUCGCCCCUCCCAAUAUCGCCCCAAACACAUUGGAUCUCCAAGAGCUCCUAAACUUGAGCUUUUGCGCCUCUUGGGAACUUUUUAGCCGUAACCCUCGGCAAUUGAGCUCAGGUUAUUGCACUCUUUGCUUCUCUCACCCAAGGAACAAGAAAAGAACGAGCGAGGAGAGAGGUCUGGCGUGAUGGAUGUGGAGAACCGGGAAAGGUUCUCAGAGCAGGAGGGAGAAGGAGAAGAAGAAGAAAUGGAAGGAGAGGAAGAGAUUGUCUUAGAAGACCUAGAACAAAUUGUUGUUCCCAAUUAUGGAACAGUACCUGGCCAGCAAGCUCUUCAUAUGCCUGAAUUGGUAGAGUUUGACCUGAAUCCUGACUCUCUGUACUUUAAUGAUGGCCAAAGAAAAGUUGACUUUGUCUUAGUAUAUGAAGAUGAAAGCAAAAGGGAAAAUCGAAAUACUUUUCAUAAAAAGCAAAAGAGGAAGAGACAAGUCUAUGAGUCAAACCUGAUAAGUCAUGGUUUGCAGCUUGAAGCCACAAAGUCGGUCAUGGAUGAAAAGCUGAUCUUUGUAAAGGUGCAUGGUCCUUGGGAAGUGCUAUGUAGCUAUGCUGAAAUUAUGCACAUCAAAUUGCCUUUGCAACCCGAUGAUACGAAAAGUCAUGACUCAGCACUUACGUGGAUUAGCAGAUUCUUUAAUGUGGAUGAAAAUAUCAUCAACCCAGAACAGGAGUUUUUUACUGCUGCAUUUGAAAAUGAACAUAUUUCAGACUUUUAUAUUCAGGACAAGGACUCUUUCUUCAAUUCAGCAACUAGGAGCCGAAUAGUUUACUUUAUUCUUUGUCGAGAAGAGUAUGCUACGAAAGAUAAUGUAAGAAAGUUUGGUAUCAAGAAACUUCUGGACUCUGGAAUCUACAAGGCUGCUUUUCCACUCCAUGAUUCAAGAUUCAAUUACCAAUCACAGGAUCCUAAGUGCCCAAAUGAACGGCACUUGCUAUACAGAGAAUGGGCCUAUCCUCGAAAUAUUUUCAAACUGCAACCCUUAGAUCUUGUCAGGAAAUACUAUGGUGAGAAAAUUGGGAUCUAUUUUGCCUGGCUGGGAUUCUACACCCGGAUGUUACUUCUGGCAGCAAUAGUUGGUGUUGGAUGUUUUUUAUAUGGUUAUUUCACAAAGGAUAACUGCACUUGGAGUCAAGAAGUAUGUGAUCCAAACAUAGGAGGUAAAAUUAUUAUGUGUCCACAAUGUGAUCAAGAAUGCACAUACUGGAAUCUCAACAUCACAUGUGACUCUUCCAAGAAACUCUGUAUAUUUGACAGCUUUGGAACAUUAGUGUUUGCAGUGUUUAUGGGGAUUUGGGUUAGCUUGUUUUUGGAGUUUUGGAAACGACGCCAGGCUGAAUUAGAAUACAAAUGGGACACAGUGGAGUUUUUAGAGCAAGAGGAACAAAUAUGUCCAGAGUAUGAGGCAAAAUGCCACCAUAUAAUAGUGAAUGAAAUUACACAGCAAGAAGAGUAUGUUCCUUAUACAACCUGUGGAAAGUAUGUACGGAUCUUCUUCUGUACAAGUGCUGUCUUAAUCUGGAUUCUGCUCAUUCUUGCAUCUGUUGUUGGUAUAAUUGUUUACAGACUUUCUGUUUUCCUGGUAUUUUCUGCAACAUUGCCAAGGCACAUCAAUGGAACUGACACAAUACAGAAGUACCUGACCCCACAAUUAGCAACUUCAGUAUCUGCUUCAGUGCUCAACUUCAUCAUUAUUAUGAUUCUGAAUAUUAUCUAUGAGAAAGUAGCGAUAAUGAUUACUGACUUUGAAUUACCAAGGACGCAGACUGAUUAUGAAUAUAGCCUAACUACGAAGAUGUUUUUAUUUCAAUUUGUCAACUAUUAUUCUUCAUGUUUCUACAUUGCAUUUUUUAAGGGUAAAUUUAUAGGUUUCCCUGGUGACCCAGUUUAUUGGUUGGGAAAAUACAGAAAUGAGGAGUGUGAUCCAGGUGGAUGUCUUCUUGAGCUGACAACACAGCUAGCAAUAAUAAUGGGAGGCAAAGCCAUCUGGAAUAACAUUCAAGAAGUGCUUUUUCCGUGGCUUAAAAAUCUGGUUGGGAGAUGCCGCUCAGCUACACGAUCCAAAACUAUUGUUCCUCGCUGGGAGCAGGACUACCAUUUGCAGGCCAUUGGCAAACUUGGAUUGUUUUAUGAAUACCUCGAAAUGGUUAUACAAUUUGGAUUUGUAACAUUAUUUGUGUCAUCAUUCCCGUUGGCACCCCUUCUGGCCCUUAUUAACAAUUUAUUGGAAAUUCAUGUGGAUGCUUGGAAGAUUACCACACAGUAUAGACGCAUGGUUUCCCAAAAAGCCCAACAUAUAGGGGCAUGGCAACCUAUCAUGCAAGGAAUAGCCAUUCUGGCUGUGAUAACCAAUGCAAUGAUAAUUGCUUUUACAUCGGAUAUGAUUCCACGCCUGGUUUACUUCUGGUCAUUUUCAGUCCCACCCUACGGGGAUCACAGUAGCUGUACCAUGAAGGGAUAUAUAAACAAUACUCUUUCUAUUUUUGCUGUAUCAGAUUUCCGAAAUGAAAGCAAGCCACAUGUUCUUCCUGUAUUUGCCAAUUUAACAAUAUGCAGAUAUCGAGAUUUCCGAAACCCUCCUGGACAUAAACAUCAAUAUGAACAUAAUAUUUAUUACUGGCAUGUUAUUGCAGCCAAGUUAGCAUUCAUCCUUGCGAUGGAGCAUGUUGUCUACUUUGUGAAGCUUAUCAUUUCAUAUACCAUUCCAGAUGUGUCAUGGAAAACUAAGAGCAAAAUUAAACGGGAGAAAUACCUAACACAAAUACUUCUUCAUGAAAAUCCUCUAAAAAUUAUUUAAAAAAAUAUGGGGAACAUUGCUGACAAAUUAUUAAAAGGAGCAGAUACCACUUUAUGACCUAAAUGUGAAUAAAUGCUAGUUAGUUACAACAUCUAAUAAUGAGUGAAAUAUUCUAUGAAAUCAACAGAAAUUGGAUUAAAAAUUUAAUAGGUCAAUA